GAGGAGGCGGGGUUCCUGGGUCCGGCUGCCUCUGCCGACCAUGGCCUUUGGAAAGAGCCCCAAAGACCCUUUCUGGACACCUGUGGGACUCCUCAUCGAAAAGAGUACAAUUGGAACGACACAGUCCGAAAACUGGGAUCAGUUUAUGCACAUCUGCAACCUCAUUAAUACCACUCAGGAAGGGCCAAGAGAUGCAGUAAAAGCUCUGAAAAAGAGGCUCUCCAAAAACUGUAAUCACAAGGAAAUCCGCCUCACCCUCUCGCUAUUGGACACGUGCAUGCAGAACUGUGGGCCCAGCUUCCGGGCUCUGGUUGUGAAGAAGGAUUUUGCCAAAGACAAAAUGACGGAGCUCCUGAACCCCAGAUAUAACCUGCCGAUGGACAUACAGAAUCAAAUCUUGACCUUCAUCAUGACUUGGUCUCAGGGCUUCGAAGGCACCGUGGACGUGACUCAAGUGAAGGAACUGUACCUCGAGCUGCUCGAAAAGGGCGUCCGGUUUCCAUCCUUGAACACGGGGGCGAGGACGGAGACCCGGGAACGCUUGGGAUCGGGCCAGCGUCCGGCGGAGGCAUCGGCUCCCAUCCCGUCAGCCCCCAGUGCUCCUCUGGAGGCUGUGUGGAAAGCCCCAAAUGUGCUGCUGGUUCCCGAACAGUGUUCCCAGGAAGACGGGCUUCUGCUCAGGGAUCUCGGCUUCCGCAUCAUCAGGCCAUCCGGGUUUUAUCUCAAAUUGCCUAAGUUCAGAAAAAUAGAGCCAGAGAGCCUGUUCGAAUACCCUUCCCGGCUAUCUCAUAUCGGGAAGCUGAACAGUGAGCUCGACAUGGUCAAGAUGAACGUGGCCGUCAUGUUGGCGAUCCUAACGGAGAACAACCCCGACUCUGAAGACAGAGAUGACCUGGAGCUUCUCCAGAAAUUGUACCGGACGGGCCGGCAGAUGCACAGCAGGAUAGUGGAGCUGUUGGCUGCGGUGGAGAACGAGGAUGUGGUGGCGGAGCUGAUUCAGGUGCACGAAAAUCUCAGCGACGCCAUCCUGAGAUGUGAACGGUUUUCCCAUAUCCGGCAAGGCAUCGGGGAGCAGAACAGACCUCUGAGCGAAUCCAUCAUAGUGACCUUCCGCCCCUUCCUGCAACUUGAUGGAUUUGAGUCCGGACCCCCUGGUUCCCGAGACGGCAUCGGAAAGGACCGGCAGCCCGCCUUCCCAGUUUUCGGGCCGACGCCCCAACAAGAUCGCGGCCAGAGCGUCUCUUUGGGCCCCGUGUACCAAGAUGUUCCCACGCUCUCAGAUCCCAUGUUACCAGGCAUCCCAUUGGCAGACUGGACAUCGGUGCCACCCUCCCACCCUUCAGAAGAGAACCGACAACUAUCAAAUUACUAUGAAGUCAUCGAGUUUGACCCCCUGGCUCCCGACACAACAGAAGCCGUUUACGAAGACAUCGAUGCUCAUCGCCGGGGGCCGAUUCAAAAUUAGUCCGACCUCUAAAAUGGUCUGUUCUUUCUGAGAAUCACACUAUUGGUUAAGUCCCCCCCAAGCACCCACGUUU